AGUGAUCUCUGUUGCCCGCCGUCGUCCGCACCGUCGUCGACCCCGUUGCUUCCAAGCCCUCCGUCGCCUCGGUCCUCACCAGCACUCCCACCCUCGUGCUCACCCCGCCCCUCGUCGCAGCUCGCGCACCCCUCCCACUCGCUUUAGUAGUAAAGCUCCUUGAAGUGAUAUAUUCGUACCAUGUCUUCCUCAUACAGCGACGACAUCGUGCCCGGUGACAUCGUCGCCGUCUCUCACCAGUCUGGGAGGAAAGAGGGCCUUGUCAUAGGCUCGCACAUCGACUAUGCUGGCCGUCAGAUCGUCGAGGUCCAGCUCGAGCCCGGCGAAGUCUACCACGCAUGGUACCCCACGGUGACGCGUGUCCGCCGCACGGUCUCGUACCUCCCCAGCCCGCAGCGCAAGCGUACGAUCGAGCGCACCAUCUACUGGUGAUCGUCCUCGCCUCCAUCGCUCGCAUUGUAUUAUCUUGUCGCCGCGGCACCAGGGUCGGCGCACAUCAGGAACCUUUCUAUGAACCAUUGACGAUCGCACGAAAUCAUUGUCCAUUGCUAGCUGCCUCUCACGUCGUCCUCUCGUCAUGUCCCCAGCGGGCAUGUCACAUUGUAGAUGUAGUUCUUGGAUCCAAGUGCGUCCUGUGACAUAGCUAGCUAGGAUGGGGUUCGUUGCUAUUCUCUUACGGCUCUCGUGCGCCCCCACAUAUGUAUGUAGAUACACGCGUUACUAUCAUCGCUUCAUGGAACCGCAAUCGUGUUUGGC